AUGGCGACGGUGAAUAAGGAUCAAAAGGCAAAGCCCAGCGCCCUUCGCUCCAUCAUUGCGGGGUCCACCGCCGGAGCCGUGGAGAUCGCGAUCACAUACCCGGCCGAAUUUGCAAAGACCCGGACGCAACUCAAUCGCCAGCUUACCCAGGGGCAAAAGCUACCAUGGCCACCGUUCGGAAGCCAGUGGUAUGCAGGAUGUACGACACUGAUUAUCGGAAACUCACUCAAGGCUGGAAUUCGAUUUGUCGCUUUCGAUGCCAUAAAAUCGGUUCUCCAAGAUGAGAACGGCAAGAUCUCAGGACCAAGGACGGUUGUUGCUGGAUUUGGUGCUGGAUUCACCGAGUCUCUUCUCGCCGUCACCCCCUUUGAAAGUAUCAAGACUCAAUUGAUCGACGACCGAAAGUCCGCCAACCCUCGGAUGCGUGGUUUCUUGCAUGGUAGCAAGAUCAUUUUCCAGCAAAGAGGUGUCAAGGGCUUCUUCCAAGGCUUUGUGCCCACCACGGCAAGACAGGCCGCCAACUCGGCUACCCGAUUCACAGCCUACACGACAUUGAAGCAGUUUGCAGAGGGUUAUACGGCGCCAGGCGAAAAGCUGGGCACUGCAGCCACCUUUGGAAUUGGUGGGAUCGCAGGGCUCAUCACUGUAAUGCAAUCACUCGAGGCUAGCAAGCAUUACAAGAACAGCAUCGUUUGCGCAACAAGAAUCGUCAAGGAUGAAGGUGUCUUCACUUUGUGGUCUGGCGCCAUGCCGCGACUUGCGAGAUUGAUCAUGAGUGGAGGAAUUGUGUUCACCAUGUAUGAGAAGGCUAUGGAUGGACUGGAUAUCUUGGAUCCGGAGAGAAAAUACUUGUAG